AAGUCCGACUGAAGACUUUGUGCUGUAGGAGUUCUUGAAUCUUCAUUUAUAAAUUGACUAAAUAAUGGGAAAAACAGAUAAAAUUCAUGAAAUUAGCAAACUUUAGACCAUCAAUGGAAGGCCUCAAAAUACCCUUCUUGUUUUCCUCUUUAUUUUCCAUUUUAGUAAUCUCCAACGCAGUAGACACCAUAACCAAAACUCAAUCCAUAACAGGCAACAAUACCAUUGUUUCAUCUGGUGGGAGCUUUGAGAUGGGUUUUUUCAGACCUGGCAAAUCCCAGAAUCAAUACCUGGGAAUAUGGUACAACAAAAUAUCUGUCAAGACUGUUGUAUGGGUUGCCAAUAGAGAAAUCCCACUCAUUAAUUCGUCAGGCGUCUUAACGAUUAUCGACCCUGGAAUUCUCGUCCUCGUCAAUGGUACCGGCACUGUCAUUUGGUCUGUCAAUGUGACAGGAUCCACACAGAAGCCUAUUGCACAACUUAUGGACUCUGGAAAUCUAGUUCUGAAAGAUGCCAAUGAUAAGUCCGAUAAUUUUCUUUGGCAAAGUUUUGAUUAUCCAUGUGAUACUCAUUUACCAGGCAUGAAGCUUGGAAAGAACUUUGAAACAGGCCUAGAGCGCCACCUCUCCUCCUGGAAGAGCCGCGAUGAUCCAGCUCGGGGUGAGUUUACAUACCGUUGUGAUCCUCAAGGAUACCCACAAAAUAUUCUGAGCAGUGGUUCUGUUGACUUGUUCCGAACUGGGCCAUGGAAUGGAAUUGGAUUCAGUGGGAGACCAAACCUCAAACCUAAUCCGUUCUACAAAUAUGGAUUGGUUUACUCUAAGGAGGAGGUGUAUUAUCAUUAUGAACUCCCCAGCCCAGUUGUUUCAAAGUAUGAUGUGAGUUAUGAUGGCAUUGUGCGGCGCUGGAUAUGGGUUGAUCAAAAGCAGAAAUGGGACGUGUACCAGUCUUUCCCACAAGAUAACUGUGAUACUUAUAAACUGUGUGGUCCGAAUGGUAACUGUAACAUUGGAAACUCACCGGCAUGCGGUUGUUUGAGUAAAUUUGUGCCCCGGAACGAAACGGAAUGGAGAAAUGGAGAUUAUUCUAAUGGGUGUGUUCGGAGCACACCGUUGAAUUGCAGUAACGGAGAUGGGUUUCUCAAGUAUUCGCGAUAUAAAAUGCCACACACACGGAACUCCUAGUUUGAUAGGAACAUGACCCUAAGGGAAUGCGAGAUGGAGUGCUUUAAAAAUUGCUCUUGUACGGCUUACACAAAUUUAGACAUAAGAGAUGGAAGCGGCUUCUUGCUUUGGUUUAAUGAGUUGAUUGAUAUGAGAGAGUUCAGUCAAGAUGGGCCAGACAUUCACAUAAGGAUGGCAUCCUUUGAGUUAGGUAAGAAUUUAUACCAAACUCAUAGACUAUUGAACAUAGAUUAAUUAGAUUAACAUAUGUAAGAACCAUGUCGUUAACUAUACUGAACAUUUACAUUUCUUAAAAAAUUCCUCACUCUAUUACAUUUUUACAUCUAACUACAAUUUAGAAAAAAGAGUUCAUUUUGGUUUCAUCUUGAACCUUAAUUUCUUGAAUUUGAUACGGAUGAUGCUUAUUACCCAUCUCGAUCCACAUGCCUGGCGUUGUAAGUUGUGUUUAGAGGAAGGAUUUGAUGGAGAUUUGUGGAGGAAAUAAUAGGGAAGAGAUGAGUGAAAAAAACUUAGCUU